UGGGGACAGGACCGGGACCAGGGCCGCGACUCUUCGGCCGGGGCCCUACCGGGAGCGGUCUGACCAGGACCAGCCGGGGGCGGGGGGAGCCGCAGGGCAGGGGCAGCGCCCCGCCAAGACCGUUCGUGGGGGCAGGGGAUCGUCGCUGUGUUCCCUUGGGGCUCUGCGGGGCGGACCGGGCCCUCCGCGUCCCCGGGAGCGGGGUGGGAAGGACCGGCCCUUCUCUGUCCCGGGGGUUCCCUUCCCGCCGUGUCCCGGGGAGGGGGCAGGAGGGACUGGCUCCUCGGAGCGCCGGGGCCGCCCGGUCCCAGCCGCCCCGUCCCGCAGCAGUGCGGCCAUGGCGAACCACCUGCGCUUCGUGGGCCGCACCGUGAUGGUGCAGAGCGGCAACGUGGAGGCGGCGUACGGCGUCCUCAACAGGAUCCUGGCGCAGGACGGCGUGGCCGAGGCCGUGCGGCGCUCCCGGUACUACGAGAAGCCGAGCCGGGCGCGGCGGCGGCGCGCGUUCGAGGCGUGCCGGCGGGUGUACUGCACCGAGAUGGCGCGCAAGAUCGCCUUCCUGGCGCGGAGCAGCCGGCAGGACCCGUGGCUGGGCUGCUGAGGGGAGCCGGCCCCAAUAAAGCCCUGUCGCUCUGA